UUGAAUGUAGCUCUAUUAAGGCUCUGAAUCCCUCAGUGCCAGCGCCAGUGGUAAGCGCUCUGAAAACCCAAACAAACACUUCUAGUCGUCAUAUAAAUUAAGUGGAUGGUGGCGUGAGAGUAUAACCUCGUUGUUGAUGUCCGGAAGUGUUCAUAAGAAGCGAUCCACCACAGAUUAUCUGACUCCAAAGCAGAUCUACUUUUUUCCUGUGCGGAUAUUAAGAAUUCAACAUUUUCACUCUACACCUGAUAAACUGUUUUUAAGAGAAGAACCACCAAGAACAUUUUCCUUAACUAAACUGGACGCAUGCUAUCGCUCGCUCAAUGCCCUUUCUUUCAAGAAAAAGUUCUUUCUAGUCUGUUGAAGCCAUUUGAAGUCUGUACAACACUUGUGCAUGACACAGAACGAAGACUUUGGAUUUGUGGCGGCAUAUCUGGAAUAACUGAUCCACACAUUUUACUGCUUUAAACAGGAAACUGAAGCAAAUUGAAUGGACCUAAAACAAAUGUGAACCUGAUCAUCUUAAGUUUAACAGAAUGAGUUACUCGGCAAUGUUUAGGUCUCACUAACAAAAAAUGAAAAUGACAGAGAUGUAACGUAAGGUGUCUCUUCCUCCUUUGUCAUGUGACACUGAAUAUUGAUUCAUUAUUUUUGUUACGCCAAGACAGUCAUUUCACCAGUUAAAUGAGGUGAGCAUUGUUUUAGAGCCCUCCAUUGCCUGUUCAAGACUGUCUCUGAAAUAUUUUUUCUUUUAACUCUUUGGUUCAGUAAACCUUACAAUGAUUCGGUAAUAGGUUUAUCACACCAAACAAAUACUGGCACACAGUGUGGCAGGACAACACCUGUGUUAAUCCUUUCAUCUGGAGGAACUGCUAAGAACUGCUAAGAACUGCUGUCCAAGUUCCACUGCAUAGCAAAUCAUCUUUAGAUCAACCACUUUGCCAAUCACCCCAAAGUCCAAUCACAUUUCAUGAUCUACACUGGGAUAAAUUAGAACAAAUGGAAAAACCCCAGUGAAGAGUGCACCUUCUUUGGGAAAUUACACACAGAUCAACAAGUGUCAGUUGAUUGGAAUUUUCAGUUCAGGAUUCUUGUAACAUUGGAGUAUCACUGGACAAAGCUGGAGAGGAAAGCUUUGGGUUGUGCUGCUACCAAACCCUAACGGCACCCACUCCGCAUCCAGUGCCAACCGGCCUGAGAGGCGAAGCCCAGCAGACACAGAGAAGGCAAAGGACUUCAGAGCUUUGCACUCUGGGAUCCUGGCCAUGAGGUUUGAUGCCUCGUUCCACUGACCGGAAACACUGGACCUAAAUGGCGCAGCAUGACUUUGUCCCUGCCUGGCUUAAUUUCUCCACGCCCCAGCCUGCCAAGUCCCCUGCUGCAAACCUCGAAAAACAAAACGAGCCUCACCACAGAGAUGGACGAACAUCUGUGAGCCGCCGCCGCCACAACUCUUCUGAUGGCUUUUUCAACAACGGCUCCCUGCACACUCCAGCGGGUAACACAGGUGAUGGGUGGCAGCAGCUUCUGAGGCAUGACUCUGUGGACUCUGGGGUGGCCAAAGGGGGGCACGGGGGUCUCGUGGGGGGCUCUUGUUGGAAGGAGACCCCCAGCUGGCAUGGCGCUCCACGAGGAGCCCAGGACGGCCACCACCAUCAGGGACGCCAACCCAAACGUGGAGCAGGUGAAAGGGACAGGCAGACGGGGCACAGGCAGCGCAAUGGCAACUUCCACCCUCGCAAGGGCACCUCGUAUCAGGACAAGUUUCCCAACGAGGAACGCAAAGACAACAAGGAUGACAAGCUGAAGUUUGUGGAAGAGGAUUUUCCCUCCCUCAACCCUGAAACAACUGGAAAGCCUGGGACUCAAACACGAGCAGUACCACCACAUGCUGGAGUGUGGGAAAACCCCCCAAGUGGAAAACAGAUGGUUUCCAAGAUGCUGGUUAUCAAGAAGGUUUCCAAGGAGGACCCCAGCACUGCCUUCUCUGCAGGCUUUGCCACUGCUGGGGCCCUGCCCAACGGCAGCAAGGCGCCUAUUGCUGGCUCCAGCGUCUACAAGAACCUGGUCCCGAAGCCCGCCGUGGCCCCUACCAAAAGCACCCAGUGGAAAGCUGGAGGAAGAGAGAUCACCAAGUCUGGCCUUCACGUGCCAGGCCGAGACUCGGUGUUCACUAGCCCUGUCUCUGCAGCCAAACCCAGCCCCCCCAACAGUGCCCCACAACACAAUGCCCCAAAAGAGCAACAGCACCCUUCCAGCACCACACCUCCCAUAGACAUCGCUCCAUCAAGGCUGAAGCUGAUGCGCCGUGGUCCUGACCGGAAAAGUGAAUUCCUGCGGGCGCUUAAAGACGAGGGCACAGGAGAGCUGACCACGAGCAGCAGCCCAGGAACAUCAGGAGAGGGAGAGAGCAGUACACCAGAGCCUAAAGCCUACAGUGAGGAGGUCCAUGAGAAUGGCCUGUCCUACUCUCUGAGUGAUUCAGACACUGAACAUUUGUCCAGUUCCCUGGAGGCGGAGCACAGGUUGCUGAAAGCUAUGGGCUGGCAGGAAUAUCCAGAAAAUGAUGACAACUUCCUGCCUUUGACUGAGGAUGAGCUCAAAGAGUUCCAGACAAAAACUGAACAGUUGAAGAAAAAUGGCAUUCAUCGGAAUGGGGUUCUUCCAAGGGCACGGGGCGUAACCCUCCACUUCACCCCCUGGAGGAGUGUUGCGGAGGCGCAUGUGGAAGAAGGGUCCGAGUCCGACACCAGUAGCAGCAGCCAGACCUCUGACGAUGAUGACUGCAUCAAAUCCUAACAUGGCUUUAUGGAACAAAACUUUGCAGCCAACAGCAUCCCAACAUGCAAUGCCCACUUCCUCUCAUCUUUGUUUUUAGAGCACCAUUUGAAUUUCUUGAUUUUUGUUGUUCUUGCACAAGGGAAAACCAAUCAUAUCCCAGUGAAGGGGGGAGAUUCCUGCUCUGCCAGAUGUCACUUUCCCUGCAUUACCUCCUUCACUGCAGCCCCGCCCUAAGGUCCCUCCCCUUCCUUCUUUACUUCCUGCUUUUGAACUGAAGUGUUUGUCAAGAAAAGAAGGGCAAUGAAUGCACACGUGAUUCUGCUUUAAACAGACUAACUCAUUUCAUUGAUGAUGCUGAUGACACAUUAAUGAUAUUAAUAAAUUGGUUCCCGAAAAGCUGUUUCAGUAUGAA